AUGGAGAAAGGAGGCCGGGUCGCUGCGCUGUCCCUGCUUCUCUCCGCCAUGUUGUCUCCUGGAGUUUGUGUCAGCAUACCCCUAAAGAUUGACCCCAUCGUGUAUGAGGAGCAGCUGCUGUGGGUGGCUGGAUUCCAGGGGGAGGUGAACACCUACAGGGUCCCGCUGAUCACCUUCACCCCCAAGGGAAACCUGCUGGCUUUCGCUGAGGGCAGGAAAGACAAUGACGACGACGCAGGAGCAAAGUUCAUCGCACUGCGGCGGUCCACCAACAAAGGAGACACUUGGUCCCCGACCACAUUUAUUGUUGACGAUGGUACGCAGUCCGACGGCCUGAACCUAGGCUCUGUGGUGGUGGACGAGGAGGUGGGCUUGGUGAUUCUGAUCUACACCACCUGUUUCCACCAAUUCCAAUGCCAAAUAUCCAGCAUCAUGAUGGUGGAGAGCAAGGACGACGGUCUCAGCUGGAGCGUGCCCAGAAACCUCUCGGCCCAGCUGGGAGUCAAGAACUUCGCUCCUGGGCCGGGCAGCGGCCUCCAGAAGCGUUACAGUCCAGCGAAGGGGAGGUUGGUGGUUUGUGGUCAUGGCACAAUAGAGGGGGAUGGCGUUUUCUGCAUCCUGAGUGACGACCAUGGACGUAACUGGUACAACGGUGCAGAGCUGAAAAGCAUCCCCUACAACCAGAAGAAGUAUAAUCAGGACUUCAACCCUGAUGAGCCCCAGCCGGUUGAGUUGACGGACGGCACCAUUGUCAUCAAUGUGCGGAACCAAUAUCACUACCACUGCUGGUGUCGUGUGGUGGUGCGUAGCUAUGACGGGGGAAUUACCCUGCCCACAGAUGAUCUGUACUUCGACAGUGAGCUGGUGGAUUCUGCAGUAGCAGCUGGAGCUCUGCAGAAAGACGGAGUGAUAUACUUCACCAACCCCGCCAACAUGCACAACAGAGUUAACCUAACAUUACGUUGGUCGAUGACCAAUGGCAAUUCUUGGGAGAAAAAGGCUGUCCAGAUAUGGGCAGGGCCAAGCAGUUACUCCAGCAUCACAUCACUGGACGGCAGUUCCCCAGAGGACCAGAAAUACAUCUUUGUCAUCUAUGAGAAGGGCCACCAGGCCCCUUACGAGACUAUCUCGUUCGCCAAGAUCCACCUGUAUGGUGGCCAUUAGAGCCUGUGAGUAGGAGGUAAGGUCAUAAACAUCAGCAGUCAAACAUGAGGUACAAUGCAUGAAAGACUGAAAUGUAUAUUCUUCAUUUAAUCUGGCAGAAAAAAAAAAAAAUCUGAGAAUGACUCCUGUUUUAACCUCACCUCAUCUUUGUCUCCAAGAUUGAAACGCUGAAGGGAAAAGGAAAUAGGAAGAGGUUGCUUACUCCUAUGCCUUAAGUAGAAAAUAAAAGACUUUUAAAACUCACUUGAUUAUAUUAAACAUGUAGCAGUGGGAUGUUCAGAACAGUUUGUGUUUGGUCUCUGAUAAAGAUAUUUGAAGACA